UCGCUCUUCUCCAUUCACAUCAAGCCUCACUGAUUCCAUAGAAGAACUUCACAAUCAUACAAAUAACUGAAACAAAAUCUGGGAAAUUUCUCGGUUUGAUUCGUUCUGUAAAGGAAGGGUUUUGAAUUUUUUGUUCUGUUUUCGUCUUCAGCGAAGCAACCCCAGUGGUCUCUCUGUAGACCUCUGUUGGUUGCUCUCUCUCCGCUCACCCAAUUUCCUCCUCCUCCUCUGUUUCCAGGAAAUUGGGGUUUUUUUUUGUUCUUCACCUCGAAGCGAUUUUUGUUCUUGAUUGUUGUAGAGAUGAGUGGUUGCGUGAACAAGAAUCUCGGCUUGUCGUCUUCUUUGAAGGUGGAGGGAGACAAGCAUGGCAUAGUUUCGAUUUUGGGGUCUGAUUCAGACAACAGAUCGGCACGCGCUUCUUCACUCCGAAGGACAUUAUCUGCGGAUAUGUCGUCCAAGAAGUGGCUUUCGCAAAAAGGGUUCUCAUCUCCUUCGAAGAAGAAUGCGUCAGAAGAAAGCAGAGGAGAAAGAGGAGGAGGAGGAGAGAGUGAAGAGAGGUCAGCGUUUGAUAUAUGGACUUCGAUUCAGGAAGAGAAGAAGAAGAGCGAGAAGGUGGAGGGUGAGAGAAGUGGACAAGUCGACAUAUGGGAUUCGAUCUUGUCCGAAAAGGUUCACGAUAUUUAUACGGGAAAGGUGGUUCCUCCUCCGUACGAGCACCCUCUUGUGAGAAGAUCUAAGAGCUCCUUGAGUGAGAGGAGCCUUGAGAUCUGCACUGAGAGUUUGGGUUCAGAGACUGGAUCAGAAGGGUUUUCAUCAUACCCUGCAUCAGAGACAGGGGAGGAAGGUGAAGAAGAGAAAGAGGAUGUUCUCAACUUUCAAGAUUUGCAGAAGGAACCUGCUAAACAAGAGGAAAGAGCAUGGAGGCAAGAGAAGCAGGUUAUGGCUGGGAAGUUGAGUUACUUGGGGGACAAGAAAUCGUCUCAGAGAUCAUUCCCUCCUCCAAUCCCUUCUCUUGCUCGCCAAGAUGGUGCUUCCACAUACAUGAGGACAAGCCGCAACAAUGGCCGUUUGGUUCUUGAAGCCGUAGCAAUCCCUUCCAAGAACAACUUCUAUGCCCACCGCCAAGAUGGCCGCCUUGUUCUCACUUUUACCAAACCAAACCAAAACGAGGACAAGACCGAUGAGAGAUGGGACGAGAUGGAGCAAGAGAAAGAGCUUGAGGAAGAGGACAACGAGUUUGAGAGUUCUGAAGAAGAAGAAGAAGAAACACGAGAACAUGAGGAGUUGGAGGAGGAAAAGGAGGAGAAGGCCUUUGCUAUGGAGCAAGCACCAAACUUUUCGAGUACCCAUGGCUUGAUCAGUGUUCAUAGGUUAGCCCUAAUGGUGAAAAACCCGAUAGGCAUAACCAAUCGAAACCCGACAUGGUCAAGCAAAUUCAGUCAUAUGGUGAAGCCAAAGGGUCAAAAAGAGGAGGGGGAACCAAGGCAUAAAUUCCAAUUCCUACCACCAAGGCCACCAGCGGCCAUGGCCGGAGCCACCAUUAAGCCUUUCUUGAAUGUGUACGAGUACAGUUGGAGGUCUAAGCCCAUAAGAAUGGGCUCUACUAACAAGAACACAGUAUCAAAGACUGAGCAACAAGGGAAUGGUGAUGAUGAGGUUGUGGUGGCCGAUGGGUGCAAAGAUCAAAAGAGGUCUCUCUUGUUUUGCGAGCCUUAUUGCAUUGCUACUUCUUAGAGACACCAACUACACUGCCCAAUAAGUAUUGGCAACAAUAAUUAUAAAGCAAUCUGUAAUUGACAUUGUGAAAAGGGAGAGCUUUUCAUACGUAGAGGGAACCAACAGAAAUCAGAUGUAUGUAUAACCAUUAACUGUGUUACUAUACAAUUUCCUCUAAUAAAUAACCUUUUGAACA